AUGAAAAAUGUGAAGGAAGAAGAAGAAGAAGAAGAGACGGAAACAAAUGACGUAUCGAAUCGAAUCGCGCGUGAUGUAUGGGAUGUAUAUCAGAACAUACACGUAAAAGCGAGAAGAAAAGACAAGGAACCAUCAUCGAGCGGGGGAGAAGAUCCAAAAUUAUACCUCGAGGAAGCCGUUUUAGAAAGGAAAUUACAAGAUAUCGAUUUGAAAGCAUUGGUAGCAUUACCAGCUGGUCUGGAUUAUAACGAGUGGCUUGCGUCACACACAAUAGCGUUUUUCGAACACAUAAAUCUAGUCUACGGUACCGUGUCUGAAUUUUGUACCAUGUCGGGCUGUCCCGAAAUGAACGGCCCCGGUCUGAGAACGUAUCUUUGGUUCGACGAAAAGGGGAAGAAGACGAGAGUUCCUGCUCCACAGUAUAUAGAUUAUGUUAUGACGUUUAUACAAAAAACCGUUAGCGAUGAAGCUCUGUUUCCUACUAAAUACGCAAAUGAAUUUCCUAGUUCUUUCGAGUCAUUAGUACGUAAAAUUCUACGGCUAUUGUUUCACGUGUUAGCCCAUCUCUAUCAUUGUCACUUCAGGGAAGUUGUUUUGUUGAACCUUCACACUCAAUUAAAUUGCGUUUUCGCACAUCUCACUCUCUUCAAUCACUCGUUUCAAUUAAUCGAACCCAAGGAAACGGAAAUACUACAAGACUUAGUCGUGGCUUUAAAAAUUCAUUCGGACGUUGUAACGAUCAUCAUAAUGCGGCGUUGCUACGGCGGCGUUUCUAAUUACACGUCAUCCGUCGGUAAAUGA